AUGGUUUUCGGUCCCAAAUCUUCUGGAUUCUGCGCCUUUAUCUCCUUAUGGGGUGUAAUUUUCAUGGUGAGAUUACUGUACUUAUUACCGUAAUUUUUAUUCUUAGGGAGUACUUGGAUUGGCCUUUUACAAUCAAGCAGUGGGUCUCUUGAGUAGCUUACCCGAGAGCGAGAAUGAAUUUAAGGACUUUGAUCAGCUCAAAAAGAUCGUGGAGGAUAAAUAUUGGGAGAACGCACUCAAAUGCUGGUAUAUCUGCGGAUUCUACGGAGUUACUUUCGUUUUAAGUGCCAUCAGAUUAGCAUUCUCCGUUUGA